AUGGAUGCAUUCUCGUUGAUGAAAAUGAUCGUGUGGUGGGCCAUGACACUAAAUAUAACUGUAAGUCAUCUGAUGGAAAAGAUUGAAGCUGAGAAUUUGCUUCACAGGGCUUUCAGUGUGUUUUUAUUCAACUCCAAAUAUGAGUUGCUUCUCCAGCAAAGGUCAAAAACAAAAGUUACUUUCCCACUUGUGUGGACAAACACUUGUUGCAGCCAUCCUCUUUACCGUGAAUCUGAGCUUAUUGAAGAAAAUGUGCUUGGUGUAAGAAAUGCUGCACAAAGAAAGCUUCUCGACGAGCUCGGUAUCGUAGCUGAAGAUGUACCAGUCAAUGAGUUCACUGCCUUGGGACGCAUGCUUUACAAGGCACCUUCUGAUGGAAAAUGGGGCGAGCACGAACUUGACUAUCUACUUUUCAUCGUGCGGGAUGUGAAGCUUAAACCAAACCCAGAUGAAGUGGCUGACAUAAAGUACGUGAGCAGGGAAGAGCUUAAGGAGCUGGUGAAGAAAGCAGAUGCAGGUGAUGAAGCUGUGAUACUAUCUCCGUGGUUCAGAUUGGUGGUUGACAAUUUCUUGAUGAAGUGGUGGGAUCAUGUUGAGGAAGGAACUCUCAUUGAAGCUGCAGACAUGAAAACCAUUCACAAGCUCUAA